CACGCACGAGCUCGGUGCCUUCGAAAGAGCAUUGCGCAGCACUAAGCGCGCUUUCCGUCGUCCAGGCAUCGCCUGCAUACCCCAGCGCUCGCAAGCUUUAAGCAGAAUGCUUAAAGGCCUCGCUCUGGCAUGCGUCACAGCAGUCACAGCCGUCAGUGCCGAAAAAAUUCCCGUCGUGCUCGUCGCCGACGUCGGCAUCGACGACGCCGCGGCAUUGCUGUGGCUGCUGCGCUCGCCGUCGAUCGAGCUGCUGGGCAUCGCCUCGUCCUUCGGCUGCCACGGCGACGUCAGGCAGACCGCAGCGAACGCGAAGCGAUUAUUAAGGGCGGCGGGCGCGCCGUGCGUGCCCGUGCACGUUGGUAGUAGAGUCGCGUUCGGGAAUUGGGCGCCGAACGACGACGAUGGCAAGUACAUCCACGGCGCGGACGGCCUCGGGGACGUCCCACCUCUUGAUGGAGAGGCGGAUGUAGUGACGUGCGACCGAGACGUCGACGAAAGCCUGAGUUCCGCGGAGUUCAUCGCGCAGACAGUUAGAGAGAGACCGGGCGAGGUCACGAUCAUCGUCACGUCGCCGGCCACGAAUCUAGCAUUAGCCGUUGUCUUGGAGCCUCAACUCCCAGAACUAGUGAAACAAGUACUAAUUAUGGGCGGCGCCGUCGACCACCCGGGCAACGUCUCGCCGUUAGCCGAGGCGAACUUCGCCCACGAUUCAAGAGCGGCCAAGGUCGUCGUCGACGCCUUCUCGUCGGAGGAUGGAGAGCGAUUGGUCAUAGCGCCGCUCGACGUGACGAUGCGGGCCAUGGCCACGGUGCAACAGAUGCAACAGUUGACAAAGGCUGGCAUUGGCGGUUCCUUGCUAGCAGAGGCCUGGCGCCGGUACACGACGAACUACUGCCAGGUUUUGAAGUUCUGCGGCGCUCAUGCUGCGGUGCACGACGCGCACCCCGUCGCGUAUCUGCUGCAUCCUUCUUUGUAUGCGAACGGCACGCGUGUUGAGCCUGUGGAGAUCAUGGUCACGGAGCCCCUGCAUCCCUCGAACGGCCACUCACUUGUGGAUAGGAGACAAUUAGCGAAGGAGGGCAUCGUCGACGACCGCACGGGCGACGUGACCGGUUUCCAAAAGCCGCGGGCGACGGUGCUCGUGGACGUCGACGGCGACGCGUUCCUGAGGGCGUUCUUCGACACCGUACUGGGGCGCGCGUGAGUUGGCGUCAGGCGCCGUCGACGCGGCGUGGAGGUUGGGCCCGGCCAUCGCGACACCGCGAGCGUGUCAUUCCCCACGCCGUCGACGCGACGCGAUAUGUGUUAAUCUUGUCUAUAGUAG